GCGGCGCCAUCUUGUGAUUGUGUUCGGGCUGGGUGGCGGUUUGAUUGUGUGUGUGUGUGUGUGUGUUGUUAUUAUUAUUAAAUAACGCCAACAUGAGUUACGGGAGGAUGCCGCCGGACAUCGAGGGGAUGACCUCGCUGAAAGUGGACAACCUGACGUACCGCACGUCGCCCGAGACGCUGAAGCGGGUGUUCGAGAAGUACGGCAAGGUGGGCGACGUCUACAUCCCCCGCGAUCGCUUCACCCGCGAGAGCCGCGGCUUCGCCUUCGUCCGCUUCCACGACAAGAGGGACGCCGAGGAUGCCAUCGACGCCAUGGACGGCGCCGUGCUCGACGGCAGGGAGCUCCGCGUCCAGAUGGCCCGCUACGGUCGCCCCGCCGAGUCGCACCGCCGCGGUGGGUCGUCCCGUCGGCACGCCGGCGCCUACGGCCGGAGAAGCCGCAGUCCCAGAAGACGCCAUCGAUCGCGUACCAGAUCCAGAAGUAAAAGCCGAAGUAGGUCAAGAUCUCGUUACAGCAGGUCCCGAUCUCGUUCGUUUUCCCGAUCUAGAUCCCGUUCCAAAUCUAGAUCCAUUGAAAGAUCGCGGUCCAAGUCAAAAUCAAGGUCAAGAUCGAGGUCCAGGUCACGAUCUAGAAGUAUAUCUCGGAUGUCUCAUGGGUCAAAGUCUAAAUCCAGAUCCAAGACACCAAUUAAUUCAACAUCUCCACAGAAAGAUGGAAUUGAAUCACCGUGAAGUGGUAAAUGGCACCAAAGUGAGUAUAUAGAUUUAAGUGAUGCUAUUAUAUUGAGAUUAAUUUGCAUAUAUAAAUAGGCUAAUUACUGAGUAAUAUAGAAAGAAUGUAUAAUUAUCAUCGAACAAAUCAGGGUGAUUUGUAUUGGACUAUUGUUAAUAAAUGGAAAUCAUUCUUGAUGCAAGUUAAUUUAAUUGUCAGGCACAGGAGAAAUCAAUUUAUUGGAAAAGGUUUUUUUUGCAUUAGCAAUAUACUAUACUGUUGAAACCUUCAUUUGUUUGUUGAUGUUAGCCUUUUCACUGCUCUUCACUUAACAGAAGCUGGCUUUCCUUGCAUUUCUGAAUGCCUAUUCAAUAUGGGAAAUUACUAAACAAUAUUGCUGACCAAGUAUUACUGUAUUUGGUUAUUUUUGAUUUGGUAACUUUUGAUCACUUCUUUGGUGAAUUGUGAUAACUGACAGAGAAUUUACAAGAUGCUGAGCCCAACUGAAAUCUUCAACUUCCAGUGAUACUUGUAACUACCCUUUUUUUCAACCUGCCCCUUUGCAUCAGUGAACAGCUAAGACAUUUCCCCUGGGACUAUUCUUUCAUGAAGCAAACAAUCCUGAUGGCCAGUUUUAACAUGUAUGUUUGUUUCCCCUAUUUAGCAGAGGAGAUGUUAUUGUGUUAAGCAGUGGAAGAGCUGAAUGAACAUAACAGUUGAAAUUACAGUAUAGUCCCGAUCCCAAAAUGUAAUCUGACUAUUUCAUGCUUGAGCCACAAGAACUUCAUAAGACAAUUCAUUAUGCCAUCCACAAUCAUGUUUGAGGAAAAGCAGCUAAUUUAAAAAAAACCUGAAAGGUUAUAGUUCAUUUCAUUUAUUUUAUGGAGGUCAUGAUGUGGACAUUGAGAUGACAAUGUGGGCCAUCAGCAGUGUUGGGAGUGAACCACUUGAGGAGCUGGAGGGGUAUGAAGACUUGACUAUAAUCUCUCAAAAUAUUAAGAUUGCCUAAAGUAAUAUAUUUGUAUCUAGUUUUUAUGAUUUAUUUUCAUUUAUUGUUUCUUCCAAGUUGUGCUUGCAAAUGUCUUCUCCCCAUAUUUGAUUUUUUUAAAUCGCCCUCCUUAUUCAAUUACAAACGGUUGUUCACUGCUGCAAUAACACAACCAGCUAAAGAUGAUGUUGCAUGAAUACAUUGUUUUGUAGUGGGCUUAACCUUUAAUUUUUCGAAUCCUGAUAAGUUUCUGUAACAAUAGCUGCAGAAGGGUUUUAGCCUUUGGAGGGCUCGUGAGCCCUGUUGCAGUCCAGUUCUGCUCCCAAUCUGACUCUUGCGAAGUGCCUUGCUGUCUGAAGUUUAAUGGUAGGUAAAAGCUGCUGCUGAUGAUAAAUGUUAUUCUGAAAGGAAUUCAAAUGGGGGAAAAGAAUGACAUUCUGCACUAGAAACCUGUUUACUUCUGAAGGGAAAACAAUGGUACUGUUUUUGCUCAAGACCAUUUUGUUAGAAUGUGAAAUUGAGUUUCUUCACUAGUCUACCUCUUCUAAUUUAAUUUAAAUAAAAAUGCUGCACUAUUUUGUUGCAGCCUGGACAGAAAUGACAGAAAACCUAAUUAGAUGUCCAACCAUAUGAAUUUUUAUUUGAUUCCAUUAAAGUCAUACUUUUAAUGCAAACCAUUAUUGUAAACGUUCUUGGUAGUGGAACUAAAAUUUUAAUUCGGGGCCAAAUGCUUUAUCAACUUCUACAGUUACACUUUCAUACUAAACACGGUGCAAUGGCAUUGAGGCACACCAAAUCGUAAAAGGUGGCAAUGAAGUAAAAUCAAUUUGUAAUAUCACUGCUGUUAAGGUUGAUAUUUAUGUUCACCCAAUGUCAAAAUAUCAAGGUUAUGUGUUUUUACACGUUGAGAUUUUUGGAUGAUUGUUGAAUCAAGGAUCAUGGGAAUCGGGCAGAGAAAAGAAAUUGAUAUCACACAGCAGACCCCCAAUGACGUUAAAUGGCAAAGCCAACUAGGGGAGCCCUUGUUUAUAAAGGUAAUUUUGUUUUUAAAGAAUCAGCAUUUUUUUUUUGUAGUGCUCUGGGCUUACGAAAGUGAUUUUUGACCCUAGUUCCAGUCAUUCAAUUUCCACAUACACUAUUCUGAUGGUAUUCUUUUAUUGCUUUUUUGUUAUUCCCUUGGUAAUCAUUUCUUUUCCCAUUGACUGCACACUUUUACGCGCGCCCCUCCCCCCCCCCACCUGCUUUUUGGAAGUAAAUUUUUGCUGUUUGUCAAUUUAUUUAAUAGUCUGUUUUUAAAUGGAAACCCAUUGAAUGCUGUAGUACCUAUGAAGUUGCAUCAUGCAUUAGACAUCAAAUUACUUGUUUUAUUCACUAAAUUAGCUUUAAGAUGUUGAAUUAACUUCUGAACUUUUAUUUUGUUAUUUUUUGUAGUGUUUAAAAACUUUUUAUUUACAGUAACUUUGCUUCAAUCAAUUACCGAUUUUCAUUCGCAUACCAUACUGUACAUGACAAUAAAUCUUUGGUCCCUGAUUCCAAAUUUUAAUAUAUUUUGUAAUUUUAGUGAUUUUAGCAGUUGGUCAUUUGUUACCUAUUCCAAGUUGUCCUAAGAAUGUGGUUGCAGACUGCUUUUACCUUUUGCAGUCCUUAUGUUGAUACCCCAGCAACAUUAGGUAUGGGUUUUGGAUUUUGAUCGACUGAUAAUGAAGGAGCAGCUAUUUGUGUUCCAAAUCAGGAUCUUGUGUGGCUGGGGGAAUCUGUGGCUGGAGGUGAUGUUUCAAUGAUUUUUGCUGUUAUUCUGCGGGGUGGUCGAGGUCUUGUGGCCGUUGGUGCAGUUGAGGUAAGCUUGGUGAGUUGCACUACAUCCUGUAGUUUAUUUGCACUGCUGCAGCGAUAUACUGGUUGUGGAAGGAUGCCUGUUGAGUACAAUGCCAGGGGUGCUGAUAAACUUGCUGGCAGCUGUACCUGUCUGGGCCUGUGGUGAGUAUUGCAUCACACACCUGACCAAAUGUGAGAUUGCAAUAUAUGUUUAUGUCUUGAAUUAAUAUUGCUACUUGGUAAUUAUUUAUAGGUAGAUAACAUCACCUUAUUUAAUGUUGAGAUUAUAGCAAGAUUUAAAUAAAGUGACUCCAACUUACAAUAUUUUUUCCUAAAGUAACUAGGGACCACCGUUUCAAUUCUGGCUUUCAUUCAGUCCGAUUGAAGGUAAUUAAACUAUAGGAGCUUUCCAAGAUAAUAGAGCUCCACUAAAUAAAACUGACUUUUCCUUGAUGUACUGCAGAAAAUGCAGCAAAUAUCAAAAUUCCUCUCUGAAUUUUAAAAUGUAUAUUUCGUAUAUAACCUUCAGGAUACAUUGUUAUUGAGGGAACAUUAAAAAUUGCAUUCUGAUUUUUUAAAUUUAUUUUUAAGUCCAGCAUGUUUCUUUAAAUCAAAAAUCCAGCUGAAAAUUUCCUGUUGGAUUGUCAUUAAAUUGCUUUCUGCACCAGAAAUAGAACCACAAUGUUGUGUCUUUAUAGAAUUUCACUUACAACAUUAGCGGGGCUUUUUUAUUUUUCUGGAAGUGCACGUACCUUCAAUAAGGCAUAACCUGAGACUUGGAAGUUAAAUGCUCUGGUACUGAAGAAAAUUCCUAUUAAUACCAGUUUAAUGAAGUUUUCUAGAAGUUGCAUUAAAAACAUUGCUUAAAAAUAAAUGUUUAUAUUUAUCAAUUUGUCACUUUUGGCGUGACCUAGUUAAUAUUGUUAUCAAUAUUUUGUGGUAUAGAACAUACUGCUUACAUUUUAACUUCUCUUUGUUCUAGAUAUUCUGAGUGGCUGGAAGAUUUACAUGAUAGAUGCCUUGCAAGAAAUACCAUCUCUUGCCAUCUGUUUAGGUGAUGGAGAGACACCCUAAAAUAAGCAGUUAUCAGCUUAAAAGGUUAUUAUAACAUCAUUGUUUAUAAUGGGUUUUGUCAGUUUUAAGUUAUGAAUUAAAAUUAGUGUCUAAGAAGGCUCAUUAUAUGUUAUGUGCCAUCUGUGUUGCUAUUACUUCUUACGAUUUAGUGAAAUGCUCGACCAGAUGCAUUUUGGUUGGAUACGUACAUAAGGUAAAAAAAACAUGGAACUUAUUUCCAGGUUUUGUAAUGUUUCUGUACACUGAAGUAAUUACCUUUUUAAAUUUCAACUUGCAUAUGUCUUUUUUCCAAUUUUUAUUUCUGUCCAAUACUAAUCUUAUUGUCUCAUGUAUUUUUGUGCACUAGGCGCAGUUGUGUAGCAGUUCUGUAAAGCGGGUUAGCUGUAAGGUGGCGUGUUGCAGUGCAGUGCAGAGUGCUUGGCUGUGUCCUGUAUUCUCCUGAUUGCUCCUGUAAUGAUGCCUUGACGUGCAGAAAAUGUGGCUGUCCAGUAAAAUGCCUGUCAGCUGCACCUCCAGAGACGUGGCUGCGUGUAAAUUAUGGAGCAGGCAGUAAGCACCUUUAGCUACCUUGUUUUUUACUUGGUAAUUGGUUUAUACAUUUACAUAUUGAACAUAUUAUUUAGAAAGCUGUUAAUUUUGAACUUUAUUGUAAUUAACAGUUUGCUUCAGUACAAGAUUCUGUACUUGUAUUUCAGUAAUGUCAAUAAAGGUUUUUUUCUUGGUGUUAA